AUGACACCACACGCAACUCCAGUGACCCCAGAGUCCGACGCCUCAGCUCCUCCCGCAAAUGCAGGCAGUCCUAGUCCAGAGGCUCAUCAACCGCACAUGAACUUAUCCUCUACCCCAAGUCGCAGCAGAUUCCGUGCUUGGGACCUUAAUUCUCCGCCAAGAUUCGUCAUCUGGGAAGAUUCCCCCCAACGAGGCUCGCAGAUUUGCCCAACUGGCCAUGUUUUCGAAUCCAUCAGAAGCGACGACAAAGAAAACGUGUAUACCACCGUCAUGGACUACGAUACAGAACCAGAAUCAGAAAGUCAGACUGUUGGCACGGACGAGAUGAGGCUGCCAGCCGGUCCUCGCGACGUCCUCGGGAUGCCCAUCACUUCCAUUUUUGGGCCUACUCUCUUGCAACAUUCUCAGGGGACCGAUGCCACGCCUUCUGCCCAGCCGACUCCUGUCGAGAACAAUGCUCGACUCACGAUGCAAGUUGCACUGCGCGAGGAGGACGAAAUGGACAUGGAGUGGAAUGAUGGUCCGUCGCCUCACGAGGGCGAGGAACUUGCCCGAGUGAACGAUACAAUUAAUCGGGGCGCGGAGCAAAGAUGGCAAUACGAGCGAGGUUCUCCCGUGCGUGAUCACAAUGUACAGAGGCAAAGAAGACACUUCCUUGAGGUUCGACGUACCGCUCAUUCUCGGCGGCACCAGGACCGUCGUCGUCGUUUCACUGGGGCGGGCAGCCCCCGAUGA